AUGCGACAACUUCGAGGGACGGCGUACCUCAUUUCGGGUCUAGUGGUGGCGCUCAUUGCACAGUUCGGUGAAGUGAGGUCGACUCACUUCCGUGCCGGCAUAAUCGAGUACCGCGUCAGCCAAACGAACCCCAAUACUUUGGAUCUCGUCGUGACGACAUGUUGGAGGUAUGACUAUCCCGAUGUUAUGAGCAUUCAGUUGGAUGACGGCGGCGGCUCGUCUACGUUCCUCUUUAACACGAGUACUGCUGAUGUCGUUGGAGAUGGCUACGACGCUUUGGGUAAUCAGUAUAUUGUUCUAAGGUUCGUGGCAUAUUUAACACCCUCGUACAUGAAUUGCUUCUACAUCUUGUUCGAGACGUACUGUACAUAUUCAUCUACCUCAUGCAUGACUUAUGGCUCAGCUGCAGUUCCCGCAGACGUUGGAGAGAUUAACGCUAUUAGCUGUUGCCGCAUCGAUGGCCUUGUUGGCGGACUAGAUGAUUACGCGUUGGAUGACUUUCGCUUUGCCGUGAACUAUGUCCCCGGCGUGAGUUCGUCAAUCGUCAUCCAAGCGCCGGCCAUCAUGCUCAUUGACAAAGCAACGAGUUCAGGGGGCUACAACUACACCUUCGUGCCGGCCAUCAGCUCCCACGGGGCGUCCAUCAGCUGCUCCAUCAACACGAACCUCGCCGAUACAGUUCCUGCAAAGAGUACUCAGGGAGAUGCCAUGGGAGCUGAUCCCUUCUUACAGACACUGUCCCUUCUGAAGGGGACCGUCUGGGGCUUCACGCUUGUGUAA